AUGGUUCAUCAAAACUUCAAACCAAGUUUCCAGAGCACCUUCCAAAAGGAUGUUGUCUGGUUCCCAGAUCAUAAAGCAGACCAUAUAACAAAAUGGUACAUGAGAAGAAUUGAGAAUCACUUGUCUGUAAUUCCCCCAGGUGGCCUCCCCAAAAUGCCUGGAUAUGUCUGUCCCUCCAAGGUCCAAGGUCCAAGGUCAUAUAAGAACCUGAUGACCCACCAUGAGGAACCGAAACAUCGGAAUUUGAUCAGCACAUAUGAUGACCAUUUCAACUGGCAUGGCUACAACCUUGCCUUGCCACCAAUCCGUACUUGGAACGGGCAGAAACUGGUGUGGCUGCCAGAGAAGUCGGACUUUCCCCUUCUUGCUCCCCCCACCAACUAUGGCCUCUUUGAGAAUCUCAGAAAGAAAUGGCAAGAGCCUACUAAAACUCACCCUAUGAACAGUGUUUACACCUUGUCUUAUGUGAGACACCCAGUGUCUGCUCUGUCCCGGCACGAACGUGCAAUCCCAGUCCCUCUUCCCACCCUCCAGUGA